AUAUGCCUAUGCUUGUCUUAGUUUUGAGUCUCUUGUCUCUGACCUCAUUUUUCUUCUUAUUAUUGGAAGCUUAAUUUCUUCGUCAAUGGCCGCAACUAGAUUCCUCUCUCACAUUACGAUUUUUAAUUCCAAAAACUCCAACCUUUAUUCCAUCACCAUCCUCGCCAUUCUUUGCACCAUUUUCUACCUCAUUGGAAUAUGGCAACACUCUUUAGGCCCUAUCCCCAUCCCCAACUCCUCCUCAUCGGUCUCCGGCUUCCUCUCCUCCGCCCCUUGCUAUUCCCUCCACACCACCCAACUCGACUUCAUGCCCCACCACCUCCCCCACGAUCCAACUCCCGCCACCACGCGUGUACCUCACUUCCCUCCUUGUAACAUCUCCUUCUCCGAGUACACCCCAUGCGAGGACGCUCGGAGGUCACUGAAAUUCGACAGGGACAUGCUCAUAUACAGACAGCGCCACUGUCCCGAAAGGAACGAGUUGUUAAAGUGUCGGAUACCAGCUCCGUACGGUUACAAGGUUCCUUUUAGGUGGCCUGAGAGUAGAGAGUUUGCAUGGUUUGCUAACGUUCCGCAUAAAGAGCUGACUGUCGAAAAAAAGGCUCAGAAUUGGGUUAAGGUAGAAGGGGAGAAAUUUAGAUUUCCCGGUGGCGGCACCAUGUUCCCACGCGGAGCUGAUGCUUAUAUUGACGAUAUCGAUAAAUUGAUAAAUCUCAAAGAUGGUUCCAUAAGAACAGCCAUUGAUACCGGCUGCGGGGUAGCGAGUUGGGGGGCAUACUUAUUAUCAAGGAACAUUAUAGCAAUGUCAUUUGCACCAAGAGACACCCAUGAAGCUCAAGUGCAAUUCGCUCUGGAACGUGGCGUCCCUGCCUUGAUCGGAGUCCUUGCUUCCAUUAGGCUUCCUUAUCCUUCAAGAGCUUUCGACAUGGCCCAUUGCUCUCGUUGCCUCAUCCCUUGGGACAACUAUGAUGGGAUAUAUUUAAUUGAAGUAGAUAGGAUCCUACGCCCUGGUGGGUAUUGGAUUCUAUCAGGGCCACCAAUCAACUGGGAAAAUCAUUGGAAAGGUUGGAAUAGAACGGCUGAUGAUUUGAAAGCAGAACAGUCUCGAAUCGAGACUGUGGCUAAAUCCCUCUGCUGGAAAAAAAUUGUACAAAAGGGUGAUAUUGCCAUUUGGCAAAAACCCACCAAUCAUAUCCAUUGCAAAGCAACCAGGAAGGUUUUCAAGCAGCCAAGGUUUUGCCAAACUCAGAACCCUGACAUGGCCUGGUACACAAAAUUGGAGAAAUGUUUAACCCCAUUGCCUCAAGUAUCUGAAAUAAAGGAAAUUGCAGGUGGGCAAUUACCAAAAUGGCCACAGAGGCUGAAUGCAAUCCCUCCAAGGAUCAGCAGUGGAAGUUUAACAGGAGUUACAGGAAACAACUUUGUAGAGAACACAGAGCUAUGGAAGGAGAGAGUAGCAUAUUAUAAGAAAAUAGACUAUCAGCUAGCACAGACAGGGCGAUACCGCAACUUGUUGGAUAUGAAUGCAUAUUUGGGAGGCUUUGCAGCAGCUCUUGUCGAUGACCCCGUCUGGGUCAUGAACGCUGUACCCGUUGAGGCUGACCAGCUCAACACUCUUGGAGUUAUCUAUGAACGUGGAUUAAUUGGAACUUACCAAAAUUGGUGUGAGGCAAUGUCUACUUAUCCUAGAACCUACGAUUUUAUUCAUGCAGACACCAUUUUCAGUCUCUACAAAGACAGUUGUGACACGGAGGAUAUUCUUCUAGAAAUGGAUAGGGUUUUACGACCAGAAGGCGGUGUAAUCAUUAGAGACGAUGUGGACGUGUUGUUGAAAAUCAAGAAAAUCAUAGACGUUAUGCAAUGGGAGGGAAGAAUUGCAGACCAUGAAAAGGGACCCCAUGAAAGAGAGAAGAUUCUUUUUGCAGUUAAGCAAUAUUGGACUGCACCACCAUUGGCACCCAAACAUGACCAAUAAGGAAUUAAUAAAGCUUCAUAGCUGCCAUAAAAAGUUUGUUCUGCUUUCUUGUUUCCUUCUUCUAUUUUUUUUCUUAAUUAUUUAAUUUUCAUUUUUUUUAUGCCUUAAUUCUUUUCCCAGUAAUGUGAUGGUUGCAUAGAAAUGUAUCAUGGCUACCUAAA